AUGGAAUCCGCCAAAACCCAUAAGGCUAAGGGUGACCCCACAAGCACUGGCAGACCCGUAGAUUCCGACGUCGACAUCGAGAGAUCGGUGGAGAAGGCGGAAAUCAAGAACGAAAGAUCGGAAGGGGUUCAAAGCGAAGCCGAAAAGCAAAAUGCGUUUAUUAUGGAUUUUCCUGAUGGGGGAGCAAGGGCUUGGUCUGUAGCAGCUGGAGCAGCUGGAGUUUUAUUCUGUACAUUUGGAUAUAUAAAUGCUUUCGGUGUUUACCAAGAAUACUACCAAACUCAUCAACUCUCUCAUCGAUCCCCUUCCGAUAUAUCGUGGAUUGGAUCUCUCCAGGUAUUCUUUCUCUUUAGUGGAAGUGCCGUUGGCGGCCCACUUUUCGAUCGUUAUGGAGGAGGUACAAUAUGGCCUGCCGCACUCCUAUACGUUUUUAGCGUCAUGAUGACUAGUCUCUGCAAGGAGUACUAUCAAUUCAUGCUUGCACAAGGAAUUCUCGGCGGAGUAGCUACUGGCAUGACAAUGGCACCUGGAAUGACAGCUGUUGGUCAAUACUUUAAUAAAAAGAGAGGGGCGGCAAUGGGCAUUACAGUCGCUGGGUCUUCAGUGGGAGGUGUAAUUUUUCCAAUUGCCCUAGCAAAAAUUCCUUGGAAUCUCUUGCACAACUAUCCGAGCGCGAUUACCCCUCGAAAAAAAUCGUUUUUUCUUCCAGCGGCAUUCAAGGAGCUUCCUUAUAUCACUUUAUUGGUCUCGGCUUUCUUGAUGAUGCUCGGCGUGUUUAUUCCUAUCUUUUAUCUCCCAUCUUAUGCCGUUCAGUAUGGGAUGAGCACGGAGUUGGCUUCAUACCUUAUUUCGAUACUGAAUGGCGCUUCAUUCUUUGGUCGUGUUAUUCCUGGUAUUUUGGCAGAUAAAAUUGGUCGAUUGAAUAUGUUGUGCGCGGUCGGCGUUUCCACUGGAAUACUAGUAUUUUGCUGGCAAAGUAUUACGUCUAGUGCCGGUAUCAUCGUUUUUGCGGCCAUCUAUGGAUUUUGCUCGGGGGCAAUCGUGUCACUAGUGACUUUAUGUCUUGCAAUGGUCCCUGAGAACCCUCAAAACAUCGGAACCUAUAUGGGAAUGGGUAUGUUCGUUACAGCAUUUGCAGCUUUAAUUGGCCCACCUAUCAAUGGUGCACUUGUCGAACAUUACCAUUCUUUUGAUCAAGUUGCGGACUUUAGUGGUGUUGUGGUGUUGGUUGGUGGAUUAUUUGUUCUUGUGAUCAAAGUUGUGGAAGGUGGAAUAUUGAAGAGGGUGUAA